CGCUCCAGUUGUCAGCACGUUUUUAAAAGCCGGCCAAUCCGAAUCCAAAACAAAGUGCGAUUCAUCAAAAAAUAGGAUGUUUAUGAACUCCAAUCUGUUCGAGCCGGGCAAAUCAAAGCCGGAGCGAAACUUUGUCCAGUUGGCGGUGAAGCAGAACCAGCGCUUCGACGGCCGGCGCUCUAACGAUUGCCGUGAUGUGGUGCUGACCUUCGGCGCGGAUUGGGGCACUGUGGCGGUGUCCCUGGGUGAUACAAAGGUCCUGACCCACGUGACCUGCGACCUAGGAGCACCGACCACAUCCCGGCCCAACGAGGGCAAGCUUCAGCUGAACGUGAACCUUGGCGGCGUUGCUUUUUUAGACGAAGUUCAGACCACGCAUGACCAGCGAUCCCUCACUUUGAACUCCCUGCUCGAGAGAACCUUUCGCAGUUCCAGGUGCGUCGACCUGGAGUCCCUGUGCGUGGCUGCCGAGCAGCAUGUGUGGUGCAUCCGGGUGGACAUCAAUGUGCUCAAUCACGACGGGAAUCUGUAUGAUGCCAGCACCAUAGCCACGUUGGCUGCUUUGAUGCAUUUCCGUCGACCAGACGUGACGUUUGCGGACGAUGAACUGCGUAUUUAUACGGAGAAGGAGCGGGAAUUCAUUCCCCUGCUAUUCCUCCACUAUCCCGUGAGUGUUACCUAUUGCAUUUACAAGAGCAGCGGCCAGCCAAUAGUGGAUCCCACGUUGCUCGAGGAGAACGCCGCCGAUUCCGUGAUUGUCCUGAGCUUCAACUCAUACCAGGAGUUGUGCACCCUGAAUGCCGGAGGCACUGCACCUACAAAUGUCCGAACUAUCAUGCAAUGUGCUCGCAAUGCAGCGACUCGUGCCAAGGCCAUUGUAGAUUUCAUACGCAAGGCAUUGUCGAUGGACGAAGAGCGCCGACUGCAGGGUAGUCGAUUGAUCCAGGGACUGGUGGGUCUCAUAGGAGAAACGGCACACAAACUGAGCUUCAGGAAACUAAUGGGCCAGCAAAAUCAGGAACUUCAGGCUCCGAUUAAUGAAAAAAUGGAAGUGGAUAAUAAACCCAUUGCAAAACCAGAGGUCGAGGAGGUUAAGACAAAGGAAGAGUCGUCCAAACAGGAGACAGACAUCCCAAUGGACUCCAGUAGUUGGCUGCCCCAGGAUGAGGACUCCCAGGAACUGCCCACACCGUCGGAGGCAUCUAGUUCGAAAGCAGGCAAGGGCAAACAAAAUCGCAGCAAAAGCAAAGGCACUAAAAAGAAAUUACCGAAAAAACAAGAUCACAGCGACUCGGAGGAGGAAGCCAAGCAAGUCAUCUAGCCGAUAUCAUAGUCAUGUAGUUAAGUGAAAAUGCUUUCUAUUAAGUUUUAUUUAGGCUUAAAUGUAUGGCUAAAAUCAGUCUAGGCUUUAACAGAAAUCGUUUAAUGCGGAAUUCCAAUUGAUUUAUGGAACCGAUGUUCGUCUUAGUUAGGCUUAAACUAGAGCUCUAAAAUAUAUUUCCAACCCGACGGGGCAAACGAGA